GCAGGCCCAUGUGGUUCAGAUAGUUCCAGAAGCAGAGCGACUCAUAGGGUUGUUUCAGUAAGGUUUAAAAACCGUUAAGAAACAUUAACAGCCGGGGUGCUUCCUCAUUCACAGACAGUAGUUGUUAUUAAAAAUUUUACAAGAAAACCAGAAUCGUAUUUAUAUGCUGUUCUGUAUUGUUCUUUUGUUACGACACAGAAUAAUAACGCAUCUGUCGCAAAGAGUCAAACGAGUGACGUUCUGCAACCUGCCGUUUCCCUUGCUCUUUUCAGCUAACCCGCAGACAUGAUGCUAAAUGCGGCCAGGACUGCCUCCCAAACUCUCCUGCUGACCCGGGCAGGCUGCACUAGGAGCGUCGCCUGUCUCGCCAAGAACAAGGGAUGUUGGAAGGCACUGAGUCAAGAUGUCCUCAGAACAGUAACCAGACGUGAUUAUGCGUCAGAAGCAGUCAAAGGGUCGGUUAUAGGCAUCGAUCUGGGAACCACCAACUCCUGCGUGGCAGUGAUGGAAGGCAAACAGGCAAAGGUUCUGGAGAACGCAGAGGGUGCCCGCACCACGCCCUCCGUUGUGGCGUUCACUGCUGACGGCGAGAGGCUGGUGGGGAUGCCAGCUAAGCGCCAGGCUGUCACCAACCCCAACAACACCCUGUAUGCCACCAAGCGCCUCAUCGGACGCCGCUUUGACGACGCAGAAGUGCAGAAAGACCUUAAGAACGUACCCUAUAAGAUAGUCCGUGCUUCUAACGGAGAUGCCUGGGUGGAGGCUCAUGGGAAGCUGUACUCCCCCAGCCAGGUGGGCGCCUUCAUCCUCAUGAAGAUGAAAGAGACAGCAGAAAGCUACAUGGGUCACAGUGUGAAGAAUGCUGUGGUGACGGUCCCUGCUUACUUCAACGACUCCCAGCGACAGGCCACCAAGGAUGCUGGCCAGAUCUCCGGGCUCAAUGUGCUGCGUGUCAUCAAUGAGCCCACGGCUGCUGCUCUGGCCUACGGGCUGGAUAAGUCCCAGGACAAAAUCAUUGCUGUGUAUGAUCUGGGAGGUGGGACCUUCGAUAUCUCUAUCCUGGAGAUCCAGAAGGGUGUGUUCGAGGUCAAGUCCACCAAUGGAGACACCUUCCUGGGAGGGGAGGACUUCGACCAGGCCCUGCUGAGACACAUUGUCAAGGAGUUCAAGAGAGAGUCCGGUGUCGACCUCACCAAGGACAACAUGGCCUUGCAGAGAGUCCGGGAGGCUGCUGAGAAAGCCAAGUGUGAGCUGUCCUCCUCCCUGCAGACUGACAUCAACCUGCCCUACCUGACGAUGGACGCAUCGGGUCCCAAGCACUUGAACAUGAAGCUGACCCGCUCGCAGUUCGAGGGCAUUGUGGGUGAUCUGAUCCGCAGGACCGUGGCUCCCUGCCAGAAAGCCAUGCAGGACGCCGAAGUCACCAAGAGUGAGAUCGGGGAGGUGCUGCUGGUCGGGGGCAUGUCCCGCAUGCCAAAGGUGCAGCAGACCGUGCAGGACCUGUUCGGACGCGCCCCCAGCAAGUCUGUAAACCCAGACGAGGCCGUGGCCAUCGGAGCCGCCAUCCAGGGGGGCGUGCUGGCCGGGGACGUGACGGACGUGCUGCUGCUGGACGUCACCCCCCUGUCCCUGGGCAUCGAAACUCUGGGGGGGGUCUUCACCAAGCUCAUCAACCGCAACACCACCAUCCCCACCAAGAAGAGCCAGGUGUUCUCCACAGCAGCUGAUGGACAGACACAGGUGGAGAUCAAGGUGUGCCAGGGAGAGAGAGAGAUGGCUGCAGACAACAAGGUCCUGGGGCAGUUCACUCUGGUUGGGGUCCCCCCUGCACCCCGCGGAGUCCCCCAGAUCGAGGUGACCUUUGACAUCGAUGCCAACGGGAUCGUCCACGUGUCAGCCAAGGACAAGGGCACCGGCCGCGAGCAGCAGAUUAUAAUCCAGUCAUCUGGCGGCCUUAGCAAGGAUGACAUCGAGAACAUGGUGAAGAACGCAGAGAAGUACGCUGAGGAGGACAGGAGGAGAAAGGAGCGUGUCGAAGCUGUGAACAUGGCUGAGGGGAUUGUUCAUGACACAGAAUCUAAGAUGGAGGAGUUCAAGGAACAGCUCCCUGCCGAUGAGUGCAACAAACUGAAAGAAGAGAUCGCCAAAGUGAGAGAGCUGCUGGCCAGGAAGGACUCUGAGACUGGUGAAAACAUCAAGCAGGCUGCGAGCACCCUGCAGCAGGCAUCGCUCAAACUCUUCGAGAUGGCCUACAAGAAGAUGGCAUCUGAUCGGGAGGGCAGUAGUGGCAGUGGUGGUAGCAGCGGUUCUGGCAGUGAAGAGAAGAAGGAGGGGCAGCAGUAGAGCCCCGCACCACGCUGAAUUGCCCUGGGGCAUCCACACCUGGGGCAGGGGGCUGAAGAAGCUUGGGAAGGCAACGCUCAUCUACUCUCCUGAGCGAAUAACACGCACAAGUCAUUCUUGUAUACUGUGUUUUUGCAGUAUUCUAUACAUGGCUGGUUUUUCUGUUCUCUCAUAAUUUUGUAAUUUAAUAGUUCAGAAGUAUAUCUUGUCAGCAUUUUUAAAGAUGUGUUUUUUGUUUUGUUUUUUUUGUCAUGUUGUAAAAAUGAUAAAGGUGAUAAUUAUGAUACGUUAUCUGGAAUGGCAUUUGGCUGCUUUUCAGUGAGGAUAGACCUUGCUUUGUCUGGUCCUGUAUUUUGCAUACCUUUUGAUUGAACUUAACUUAUUUAAAACCACCAAAAAGGACUGUACUGGAGACAGUGUCAGUAGCAUCAUAAGGUGUGUACAUUUCUGACACUGUCCAGGUCUGAGUCUGCAGCAGCAGCACCAUCAUAGUUACAAAGAAACAAGAAAAAC